AUGAACCUUGUCAAGAACAUCCUAGUCCUAGGCGCCGGCGAACUAGGCACUGAGAUCCUACACUCCCUCGCCAACCACCCUGCCCGAAACGAGCACAACAUCUCCAUCGCCGUUCUCCUCCGCGCAUCUACAAUAUCAUCAACAGAACAAAGUAAAAUCCACCAACUCGACGCCCUACGAAGUCUCAACAUCUCCUUCGUAACAGGCGACAUCGUCAAUGAUGCCCAACACACCUUAUCCUCUCUAUUCAAGCCCUAUGAUCUAGUAAUAAGCUGCACAGGCUUUAUCGCCGGUAAAGGAACGCAGCUGAAAAUCGCCCAUGCAGUCCUAUCUGCCAAAAUACCCCGAUUCAUACCCUGGCAAUUCGGCGUUGAUUAUGACGUUAUUGGACCCGGGUCAGCGCAGGAUCUAUUCGAUGAACAGCUCGACGUUAGACGUCUGUUGCGCUCUCAGAGUGAGACGGCAUGGCUCAUCGUUUCGACGGGGAUGUUUACUAGUUUCCUCUUCGAGGGCGGGGUGGGCAUAGUUGAUGUGCAGCGGGCUACGGUGCGGGCGUUAGGAGGGUGGGAGAACAAAGUCACCGUCACGGCGCCGACGGAUAUAGGUAAAAUCACGGCUGAGAUUGUCCUCGGAGAAAGGCAGGCGGGGGAGGAAGUGUUUGCGAACAAACCCAUCUUUAUCGCUGGUGAUACUGUUAGUUACGCGAAGGUGGCGCGGAUAGUGGAAGAUCUGACGGGGAAGCCGUUUCAGAAGACGGUUCUAACGGUUGAAGACGUGGAGGAGGCGCUGGCCCGGGAUCCUACUAACUCGCUACAUAAAUAUAACGUCGUGUUUGGGCAAGGUCGUGGUGUAGCAUGGGAUGUGGGAGAGACCUGGAACUUCAAAGCUGGCAUCCCUGCCUUGACUGCUGAAGAGUGGGCGAAAAUGAAUCUCGUGUGA